CACUGCUAACUAGUGUGUCCCGAUCGCUCGUCCGUUUGCCAUGUUCCACGCUCAGAUACGCCGCGAGAUUAUCGUGCGAAAAUGAGUCCCGCGGGCGUGAGAGCCUACCUGUCGCGCGAUCGGCCUCGACGACGGUGAAGAGACUUUCGCGGCCGGCUACGACGUGAAUAUAUCCGCAAGUGGGCAUGUGUUCGUUUCUUCGGCGGGACAUCGCGCGCGUGUGCUACGGUGGCCGGUGAUCGUGUUCGUGUUUGGAGGCGGUGAUCUCUCUCUCUCUCACUCUCUCUGUUUCUCUCUCUCCCUCGCCGUCUCUUCUCUCUUUCUUCGGGCUGGAAGAGAGCCUUUUACGCUCAGCGACGCGCGUCGGAGUCUGUGCGUGACAGACCAGCUCCGACCCAAUGGAGGAGCCGCGUCCUCACGUCGUCCUGUUCCUGUUGGCUUUGUUGUUGACAGCGCUCGCACGGGUCAGCGCAGGAGGCUUAGACUUUACUAUCGAGCCACAGGAUGUGGUGGUGGAACAGAAUGGUCCCGCGAGACUGGACUGCGAAGCGAAGAGUGUCUUUGGGACGCCGAGUAUACUUUGGCGCACGGACGACGGUCAGCCGAUCACGUUUAUCGGGGACAGUGAUCGAUCACAGCUAGCAAACGGAUCGUUGUACAUAAAAAGCGUACCUAGCGGUAAUACAGAGUUGACCGGAAGUUAUCAGUGCUUGGCUUCCGUAAAUAUCGGAUCGAUUGUCUCGCGGACGGCUACAAUCAAACUAGCAAGCCUGCCCGGCUUCGAGAGAGAACCUCAAGAUACCAUGAUUUAUGCAGGACAAGUUGCAUAUUUAAAUUGCGCUCUACCUGCCUCCUCGAGCUUGUUAAAGAUACAGUGGUUAAAGGAUGAAGAGCCGUUAGUGCUCGAUAUAAACCGAAUGACAAUCCUGCCGUCUGGCGCGUUGGAAAUCGAAAAUGUUCAGUAUCACGACGUUGGAUCGUACAGAUGUAACGCUAGCGGUUACGGCCAAUAUAGACUGAGCAACAAAGCAGAAUUAAGAUUAUUGUCUAGUGACAUUGAAGGAUCUAGCGCCCCGGUUUUCAUCGCGCAACCUUUACAACAAACAGCUAUCGAAGGAUCCGACGUGACGCUUGAAUGCGCUGCUAUCGGUUAUCCGAAACCGACAAUCCUUUGGCUUAAAGAUGGCGUCGCUCUCGAUUUGACACCAUCAUUUGAUUCUAGAUAUCGCAAAGUCGCAGCUUCUAGUCUCAUGAUCACAAAUGUCAGAGAAUCGGAUCAUGGCUCGUAUCAGUGUCGUGCGGAAAACGAGGUUGAAUCUUUGGAUGCAGUCGUUGAAUUAAUUAUACAAGUUCCGCCAAAGUUUUUGAAAAAGCCCGAGGAUAAAGUGGCAAGUGAAAAUCAAGAUUUAGAGUUUGAAUGUGAAAUCUAUGGAAAACCGGAACCGAAAAUUACCUGGUUGAAGAAUGGCGAACGUAUUACGUUGAGUACGUAUUGGCAAAUUAUCAAGGGAAAUAAUUUGAGAAUCAAUGGGUUGAUACCUAUAGAUGCGGGAAUUUUCCAGUGCAUAGGAGUGAAUCCUGCUGGUAGCGUUCAAGCCUCGGCACGUCUCACAAUUAGCCAGCCCAAGAGAAUGAAUUCCCGUAGAAUAACGACUCCCAAGACAGUUCCUAAGAAAAAGUUGUUACAACAUCGACAGUUGUAUAAUAAGACAUGGCAACAUCCGAGUACUCUCCUAGGACACACGUUAUCGUCACUCACACCGAAUCCCCCGCUUUCCAUAAGUCCCUCCGACGAUCCCGCGGAUCUACUUCCAGGCUCGGUUAAGUAUCCCAACUCCCUUUACGACCCAGACUCCCGUUUUAUAGAUGACACGGAUACUCUGGAGGCGUUUGACGGAGGUGGAAUACCUUCUCCACCGAGGAACCUGAGCCUCGUUAUUGUUACCGCAAGAUUUAUUACGCUACGCUGGCAAGAGCCGGAAAAUACCAACAGUGACAUUCUCAAUUAUUUUAUACAUUACAAACAAGAAGGAGCCUUGAGAGAAAGAGUUGUCAACACGCAACAAAAACUGGAAGCUAUGAUACGUGGUUUACAGCCCAGUAUGACGUACCAAUUCCAUGUAGUCGCGCAAAACGCUCGAGGACUCAGUGCCCCUAGCGAAGUAUUACAAGUUACAACGUUAAUAGAGGCCAAUGUUCCUGGACCUCCGAUGAAUCUAGAAGGUCAUGCAACGAGUAGUAUGAGUAUUACAUUAUCGUGGGAGGAAUCACAAGUUAUUAACGGUCGAAUAUCGAAUUAUAUUAUUACAUUUAUGGAGGGCGAUGGUAAAGAAGUAACGCGUGAAACUACUAGUACAACGUAUGAAUUGGUGGAUCUCGUGCCUUAUACGGAAUACAGUAUUCGAGUUCAAGCGGUCAACGAAAAUGGCCCGGGCGCGUUUAGUAAGGAUAUCGUAAUUCGAACUCACAGCGCACAACCCACGCAACCACCGCAUAACGUUACGUUAGAAGCAGCUAGUUCAACGAGUAUUAUCGUAAGAUGGGAACCUCCGCUCGAAGGACAGAACGGGAUUAUCACGGGUUACAGAAUCCGUUAUCGCAGAUAUCCGCACGAUUCCCGAUCCGGAGAUCGACGGCCCCCGAUUACGGUGACGACUGAGGGAAAUCAACGUUUGUACGUGCUCAAUGCACUCGAGAAGCACGUUGUGUAUCAAGUUCGUAUAUGUGCCUUCAACGUCAAUGGAACUGGGCCUUGGACGGAAUGGACAAAGAUAGAGACGUACGAGAACGAUUUGGAUGAGACAAAAGUACCCAAUGCACCUAGUAAUUUAAGAGCGAAUGCUAUGGCGGAUUCUAUCCUGGUGUCGUGGCAUCCUCCAAAAGAUCAAAGCAUAAAAGUGAGAAAAUAUAAAUUAGGUUGGGGUAAGGGUUAUCCCGAUGUCGAGAUACAAGUUCUCGAUGGAAAGCAACGAUCUUACUCAAUCAAACCUAUUGAACCAACAACGGAGUACGUAAUAUCUUUAAGAGCAACGAAUAAUGUUGGCGACGGUCAACCAGCGUACGCAAAUGUAAGAACUCCCGAACGUUUUGUAUCCGAAUCUGCAGUGCCUUUAAUACCACCUGUUGGCCUCAAAGCUAUUGUGCUCUCGGCUACUACCGUUGUGCUGUAUUGGACCGACAUGACUUUAUCGAAAAGUCAAUACGUCACCGAUAAUCGGUAUUACGUGGUGCGUUACACAUCCUAUCAUCACAGUAGCAGUCCAAGAUACAAAUAUUACAAUGCCACUGAUCUCAAUUGUAUGAUUCACGACUUGAAACCCAACACGCAGUAUGAGUUUACGGUUAAGCUUGUCAAGGGUAAACGGAGUUCGCCUUGGAGUAUGGUCGUCUUGAAUCAAACGCAAGAAGCUGCACCUAAUUCGGCACCCCGGGAUUUGACUAUUCAAACUGUGGAAGAUCGUCCGACUUCCGUUCUAUUACGAUGGCAACCUCCUAAGCAACUUAAUGGACAAAUUACAGGAUAUCUUAUAAUCUAUUCCACUGACAACACGAAAUGGGAUCGUGAUUGGCUGGUCGAAGGUGUCAUUGGUGACAAGAUGGAUGCUAUUGUGAAGGGUUUGCAUCCCAACACGAUGUAUUAUUUCAAGAUGCAAGCUCGGAAUUCUAAGGGAUAUGGACCUUUCUCCACGACGGUUUCAUUUAAAACACCACAAAGCAACGGCAUGGAUAUCUAUGAUGAAUUGCAUGAUCAAGAUGGACGAAGCCUUUCCAAUCUGUUGAUUUACAUCAUAGCAGGUUUCUCAGUUGUCAUUAUCACUGGUAUAACUGUAGUGGUUGUAGUGUGCUGCAAACGUAAUCCAAACUCGCCAGAUCGAAAGAAAGGGUAUAUGAAUGAUUCAAAUCAGAAAACGAAUAUCAAGCCGCCAGAUUUAUGGAUUCAUCAUGACCAAAUGGAAUUGAAGGCGCUUGAAAAAUCAUCGUUAAAUGGUGAAGCGUCUACCAGCGGCGUCACCAGUAAUACAUUACCUAGGUCGGGCAAUCUGGAAUAUAAUCAGGAUAAUGUACAUGGGAAUUCCAGUUCAUUAGAUAAACGUACUUAUGUGCCAAGUUAUAUGGGUAACACUGACGAGAAGUGCUCGACCCUGAGUAGACAGCACAGUCGUGGAAGUCACAAACCUAAACUAAUUACACUCCCUGUUGACAGUGCACCUUUGCAUCAGCCUAUAGCUACAGCUACUCCGAUCGUAAAUACCAGCAUGUCGCAGCCGACUAUUCAUACUUCGUGUAGCGACACGUCCUCGGUGAGGCCAAAUUAUCCACGAACGGUCGCGCAAUACAGUUUAAAUCGCGCGCACGUGACGUUGGAACCGACGCCGGAAUCCAGUCCGGAUUCCUGUAACAUGCCUAGCUCGUACGAACCGCUACAGAGUCAAUUAUCAUAUGGCACGAGCGGGCAAUCGUACAGUGGAAGCACUCAAUAUGCCCCCGGUCAUUAUGGUAACAGUAAUCAACAGAUGAGCAAUACCGGAAUGGAAAGCAACAACAGCAAACGUCUGCAGGGGCAUCCUCUCAAAAGCUUCAGUGUGCCGGCACCUCCGCCACAAAGUGCCCCUUCGACACCAGCUCAACAGAAACAUGGUGUGUCACAAGUGACAGUAAGACCGACAAUAUCCGGAAGCCCGUACAAGAAACCGCAAAGUUCGUCAUCACAAUUGGCGAAAAAUCGUUUAGCCUCUGUGUCGAAUCCGACGCAUACUUCGGAAGAGGUCGAACGUUUAAAGCCAUCGUAUUCUACGGAAGAAUUGAAUCAAGAAAUGGCCAAUCUAGAGGGUCUCAUGAAGGAUCUAAAUGCCAUAACAGCAUCGGAAUUCGAAUGCUAAAACAGGUUCCUAAGCCUUGUGCCAUCCCAACUGAUGGAUAGACUGCAACGCCACAUUCUUAAUGUUAGUAUCUGGGAGGUAGUAAAUUAAUUACGACACAUUCGAGUCUGUCGCGUAAUAAAAUUACGCGAUUAUUAUCAGAAUUAUGUAAACGCGAAACAAACUAUACUAUAUAAGUUAAUUAGCGGCGAUGAACGGCGCAAUUAACGCAUGACCCGAACGCUCGAUUUAAUACAAUAUUUAAUUCGAACGUAACAUUUGGUCAUUUUUUUAUAUUAAAUCAUUCCAUUUUAACACAAUUAACGUUUCCUCUCUCCGGUACUAGCGUUGCUUAUUUCGAGUGUGAAACUCAGAGUUGUGUACUUGCCAAUAUAUUCCGACAGUGUGUCAGCGUUCUUUCGUAUUUUUUGAUAACGCGAGCACGCGAGAGUAUUGUAUUCCGCGAUUGAUCGCGGAAAAACUUGACGAGCACUUUGUGUUAUAGAUGUUUAUGAUAAUCGCGUGUGAAUGUAUGCUGUAAGACGCAUAUACCGACCGAAACGUUCAUGUAUCGUAUAAAUUAUACGAUUACAUGAUCGAGUCCAGCGUGUUUUCUACCAUUGUGUAUGAAAGUCGAUGUAAUCAUGCGUGAGUAAGAAAUGCGUUAUGACGUAUUUCUUCGACAUUCGCAUAAAAAUAGUUUAAUCAGACGACACUCUUUGAUUGUGCUUUUAUAUACAUUGAUCAAAGAGCAAUUGCCUAAAUAAAAAAAAAAGAAUACUACGCUUUGCAGUCCCAGCGAAAAGCUCGCGAACGUUGCUAUUUCGCAUUCAUGUAAUUCGUAUAUUCGUAUAAUUGCAUUCUACGUCGAUGCUAAUAAUUGCCAUAUUUACGCUUAAUAAGGAGGUGGGAUACGCGUAAAUCGCUCGAGUAAUGUACGAUUUAAGAUGAAGGACGGAAAAUAUUCAUGAAAAAAUAUUAAUUCUAUUUUUGUAUCUAUUAAAAUCUGUUUGCGAAAAACUUUAUUAUACAUUCUUAUAUUUGGAAGAAUUUUUAUUAGCAAAGUCUAUGCACACAUUUCUAUUUUAGAAUUUUUAUUUUAUUUAGAAAAAAAAAUUUUAUAAUGUUUUUCUGCAAACAAUAAGUAUAUAUAUAUAUAUAUCGGGAUUUUGUGAAAAUGUUAUUCGAUACCGAGCAUACGACUCGGUUUGAGGACCGCAAAAUUUCUGUAAUUUGUAUGUAUAUUAUAUAUUAUAUUCAGACGCGGAUUUUUAAAAUAAGAUUUACGUUUUGUAGUCUGUACGUAACGUCUGGCAGCUCGCAUUUUAAGAAGAAAGAUUUCGUGCGUGUACUCUUUGUUGAAUCAACCACCUAGUAUUACGAUCUCAAUGAAAAAUAUUAUUUUAGAGUUAAUGCGAAAAUAAUUGAAUAUGGGUAUUAUAUAAUGGUUUAGUAUAACAAAGUCAAUGAUCGAUUUUCCUUGUAGAUUGAUCACGAAAAAUGUGUAAGACUCAUUUGUGGAAUUUAGCGACACGAUAUUUUCGGAUCAAUCUAUCGCUAUCCCUAGAGUUUAACUAUUUUAUUGUAAACGUAGAGUGUAUAAAGUUUGCUUUAUUGACGAAAAUACGGUCCAUUUAAAUUUACAAAGUAAGUUAUUCUCUCGAAGAAUCGCUUUUGCGAGUUAAAGUAUUAUCGAUAAAAAGUUAUAUACACACACAAAUAUUUUUACUGAGAUACAUAUAUACUUUGUAUUUUGCUUAAUUCGGAUACCAUAAUCAGCAACAAUUUUUAGGAAAAAUUUUAUAAACUUAACGCACAAAUGCUCAAUUUUUACUGGUAUUGGAAAUCGUCGAGAUAUACAUGCAUUCAUAUAUUUAUAUCUCCAAACACACAUUUUAUAUAAACUACUUACU